GACAAGCUGAAUGAUGUGUACGCCACGCUUUUUGACAACCUCUGCCAGACCAUGGGGACUGGCAAGUGGUCAAGUGUCCACGACUGGAUGAAGUCGGAGUACCCAACUGCAGAGGCGCGGGUGGAGCUCAAGGGCAAGCUGGCCACUUUGCAGCAAGAGUGCCGCAACAUCCUGGGACUGCGGCCAGCUGCUGACCUCACCAAUGCAGUGCCUUCCGAUUUUGAAAUGCCAGAUGGCACUCCUCGCCGAUUCAAGCUGGAGAUCACACAGCUUGGCUUCUUGGAGGACAGCCAGCUGAAGGGCCCAGUGCAGUCCUAUGCAGUGCAGCGGGACAACCUGCAGAAGAUCAUGACCUUCAAGCGAGGCAACGAGACCCACAAAUUCCCCAUUGAGUCGGACCCAGAUCUCCAGAAGGAUCUUGCGCUGCGGCUGAUGAAGUCUCUUGUUCUACACUCUACAUCACAUCCUCAAGGAGAUGUGGACCUUCACAUGCUGGAGAGCUUGGGCGAGAAGCGGGCCGCGGCCCAGCGCACACAGCCCUCGCCCUUUCAGCACUGGUUUGUAUACCAGCGCAUCUUGAGCAAGCGAGGGUCGAGGGAGCAGCAGCUACGAGCACUGAUUGCAGAGCAAAACAAGCUGUCAGUGCAAAAGGCUCGGCUGUCCACAGAGGAGACCUCUGCAAUCCUCUUCCUUGACGCUGCAGGGGAAGAGACAAGGAAGGUGAUUGCGGCGGCCCACCAGACGGAGGCGCCGCAGCAUACUGCCUUUCCGCUGAACCUUCUCACGAAGGAGUUCCUGCGCGUGAGUUACCCCAACCCUGUGCCACUUGUCAGUGAUUGGCAGUUUCCAAUUCCAUGUCAACAUUUGUGUCGGCUGGCUGGCUCUGGUGUUCAAGGGGCCAUCAAACACCUGAGGAAGCAGGAAGAGAAUCCAACGUGGCACGCCGUCCACGCUCACUCCUGGGCCAAGGUGGCGGUGUGGGCCAAGAGGGUGGCGGGCAAGUGGGACUACAAGGUCCGUCAGGUGAUCGAGGCUGGACAGAUUCCUGCCAUCAAAUCCCAGGCUGGGGCAGCAGCCUUCAGGGACAACGGCCAGGAGCUUGAGGUCUACUGGAUGGCGCAGGCCAUGGCGCACUUCGACGGCUUUUUCCAGAGCUCCCUUGGUGCAGAUGGCUACAAGGAGCUGAUCCUCCAGUGGGAUGCCGGGCUGCUCGACCAGAAGCUGAUAGGUGCAGUCACUGCCAAGAGAAAAGAGUUCAAGGCGAAGGACUUUGUUUUUGUGGUCCAGGACUCCAGUGCUCCAUCCCGUGAUUUCCUGAACGACGCCACCUCCCAGCAGAAGUGUGAGGCUCUGCUCAAGAUGCAUCGUCAGCUGACUCAUGAGCAGAAGGCCUGGCGCACACACCUGCAAAGGCUCAAAGCAUUUGAAGACUUCGAGCUCAGCGACUGGAACACGCAAACUGCUCGGCAAGAGGAGAAGCUGGAAGAAGCCUGGUCCACGCACAGCCUGGCUUUUUACCAGGUCCACGAGGCCAGUGACAUUGCGGCGGCCAUGCGCCUGGUGGCCAGCCACCGCCAGCUGGUGGCAGACGCUCUCACCCCCCUCGCGCGCGCAGAUGUUCCAGUGGUCUGCGAAUGGAACAUCCCAAAAGCUGGCGUUGAUGCGUCAAAGCACAUUGGCCCUGUGGUCCAACACAUUGCCCUCUCGUGCAGCUCUGAUCCCCAGAUGACCAUCCACAUUGUGCCACUUGGGAUCCCGCCGUGCCAGCCAAUGUAUGGCAAAGGCGAAGCCACUGGUGAUCAGCGGCUUGAGAGCAUCCAGCAGCACAUUGACCGCUGGCAUGCCGAACUUGUGAAGCCCCAGCACAAGCUCCUGGUGCGCAAGGUCCACGCCACCUGGGAUGCUGCCACCUUCUACUCGCCUGACCGUGAGCUGGGCUGGGAGGUUUGGCUUGUGCUGUCAGAGUCUGUGCGCGCACGCAACAAGACCCACGUGUACAACCACAUCUUUGGCAACAGCACCCUGAUGAAGAGAGGGGCCUUCCCCACAUUCCUGCAGUCCAUGGAGCGACGGGACUUCAAGAAUUGGAGGGUUCCCCUGGGCUUUGAUGGGAGUGGCAAUGUGCACCGCAACCAAGCUACUGAAAUGCUUCAGUGGUUCAGUGGUUCAGUGCUGCACAGCUGCAUCAUUGAGGCUCUGGCUGCCAAUUCCAUCCUCACAGAUCAGAGCCGCGUGCAGGUGGCUGACUGCUUCAUGCUAGACGACCAGCCUGUCGCCAGCUGCAUCAGCCUGAAUUGCCAGGAGAAGGCGGGCGUCCCCAGAGUGGCCUACAUUGGGGUGGCCUGGUGGCACGAGAAGAAGCUGACCAGGCAGGAGAAUGUGGCGUCCAGCGCCUGUGCCAUGCUCAAGCAAAGGCUGCGGCAGAAGACCUACCGUGUGGACACUGGAGUUGCCAUCCCAGACGUGCAGGACAAAGCGGGCAGCAAGCCAGGAGCUCGCCCAGAGCACGAUCCAAAGGACUUCGAGCUGACCUUUCCACGUGCCAACCUGGAGCUGCCGCUGAAAGUCCCAACCAUCCGCCAGGCCGAGGCACUGGGGAAUGCCAGCGUUCCGGAUCCAGCUAGCCCCCAGGAUGCCACAUUGACAUGGGCACGCAUGCGGCAGCUACAUGACAAUGAGUUUUGUCCCAGUGGAUUUGCCUAUGAUCCAGACACACCCAACAAGCGCAAGGCUGACCCUCAGACGGAAGGUGCCCGCCCAGCUGUCAAGCUGACACCUGUCACAGCGCCAGAUGGGCUGCUGCAGACUGGGGUGGCCUCCAGCGAGUGGCAGGUGCUGCUCCAUCCAAAUGGCGAGCUGUUCCUCAAGGCCCUCAAGGAUGGAUCCACGUCCAGCUCCGAGACCUUGUUCUGGGUCAAGGGCAGCUUCAAG